AUGGCCCAAGAGUUCCGUGAUUUUUCUGCCAGCAUCCUUAAAACGGUGGUGGACUUAUUUGAUAGUUUACAAAGCCCCAUGAUUCUUUGUGGCCAAGGCCAGAAGGUCCAGAAGAUGAUGGUGCAGCCCAUCAACCUCAUCUUUAGAUACUUGCAAAACAGAUCCCAGAUUCAGGUGUGGCUCUAUAAGCAAGUGAAUAUGUGGAUAGAAGGUUGUAUUAUUGGUUUUGAUGAAUACAUGAACCUUGUAUUAGAUGAUGCAGAAAAGAUUAAUUCUAAAACAAUGUCAAGAAAACAGCUGAGUUGGAUUAUGCUAAAAGGAGAUAAUAUUACUCUGCUACAAAGUGUCUCCAACUAG